UAAAUUAGUACCAAAAAAACUUGACAAAAUCAUCACUUUUUUUCAUCAUCAAGGACAUCAAAAAUCAAACACACAGACUUUUUGCAGCUUCUCACUCUUUCUACUCUCCUUCCUCUCUACUCCAGUCUCUCAAUUUUUCUCUCUCUCUCCUCUUUAAUGGCGGACGCAGGUUUACAAGUUAUCGACGGAACUCAGUUAAGCGCCGGAAAUUUCUCACUUCCGGCAGAAUUUUCCGGCGAUAUUGCAGGAGAUCGAGUCCUUGAAUUUGCUGACGCAAAAGCUUCCGAUUGUCUCUAUUCUCUCUCAUUGCCGGAAAAUUUGAAAUCAUCAGCUCUUCAACGGCUAAAUUUCGAAGUUCGAGGUCACAAGUUUGAUAGAGAGCAAGCUGAUUGUCUUCUUCGAGAUUAUGUCGCUGCGAUCGCCGAUGAAUUGAGAGAUGAACCACUUAUGGUAUCAGUUCUGGAUGGAAACACUAUUCGCCUGUUUUUGGAGGAUGAAGAUGAUUUUGCAAUGUUGGCUGAGAAUCUGUUCACCGACUUGGAUGCAGAAGAUGAAGGGAAGCUAAGCAAGAGUGAAAUACGGAGUGCCUUAGUUAAUAUGGGAGUUGAAAUGGGCGUUCCUCCUUUUUCAGAAUUUCCGAUGGUAUAUGAUAUAUUGAAGAAACAUGGAGCUGAAGGAGAGGAGAAAUUAGGCCAAGCACAAUUUGCACAACUACUCCAGCCUAUUUUGCAGGAUAUGGCAGAUGCCUUGGCUCUGAAGCAUGUCACUGUUGUACAAAAUGUCAAGAUAACAAAUGGUUCUAAGCUAAAAAAGCUCUUGGCUGACAAGAACCAAUUAGAUGAUGUGACCGAGAAGAUAUACCAGCAAGUCUGUAAUUCCCAGAAAGAGCAAGGUUGUACAGAAAUCAUUAGGAGUUACCUCGAGGGAAACGGGAAUGAGUUAGGAUUACCUCCUAUAGAAGCCAAUGAAGCAGUUAUUCUUCUGUAUGAUGCAACAUUUUCUGACAUAAAUAACAAAUUGCAAGCUAAGGACUUGGAGAAAAAUGAACUCGGAGAUCUCGUCAAGCAAAUCCUUCAGACUUUUGCAGCACAGUUACAAGCCAAUCCUGUGUUCCAUGAUUCUCUCAAUUGAAUCUUGUAGAGGCAAGGGUGCUUUAUGGCUUUAUAGUAUUGUGCAUGUGUGAUGUUCCCCUUCGUAUCGGCGGUUAAGUUUGUAUUUCAUGUGAAUUAGCGUAGUAUAAUAGACUAGUUGGCUUGUUGCCACCCCCAAAUCUGGAACCGUGAAACUAUUAUCCAGGAUUUUCUGCAAGACUGCAGCAAACGGAGUGACUGACUAAUAUAUGGUCUCCCUAGCCGCUGCGACUUUGUGAAUAUGGUUGCCUCUCGUUUGAACAGUCUGCCUAAUAUAUACUAUUUGUAUAAUGGUUGAUUGA